AUGGCGCGGUCAAAACGACGUCCCAAGCCUCCCAGACGAGUUGAGAAGGAAGAUGAGGAGACGCCAGGACAACCAGACAGCCUGUCACAGACGUUGGCUGGUGCUACCGCAGGCGCGGGUGAUGCAGCGGCCCCAGACACUGCCGCCCCACCUCCGCCCGCCACCCCACCCACCACCACCACUCCACCCAGGUCGCCACACCAUGCACCUUCUCACACACCUGUCUACCCUGAUUUCUCAGUAUUCUUCCAAUGGUUUGCUGACAGGGAGGCGGCCGCUCGACGUGAGAUGGAGGAACAACACCGGGAAGACAGAGCUGAGUUUCAUGCUCUGUUAACCAGCCUCACUUCUUCCCAGGGCGCGCCCGGUGCGGCACCGACGAACCCCCAGACGCUUGAGAGUCCUGGCGGUGCACAGAGCGGUUCCGGUACCCACCCACCUGUGCAGAAAGCAGCUGUCACACCUCCGCCGCCACUGUCACACGACGUGACGUACCAAGUGUUUCAUGAGUGGAGGAGACGUUGGGAGGACUACGCGACGAUGAUCGACCUGCCCAGCCUGACGCUGCCUAAACAGAGGAUCCAGCUACUUGAUGAAGUGCUUGACAUUCUCCAGACUCAUAUACGUGACUCCAACAAUGAGGCAUUGCGUCAGCGAGCCUUCACUAGCUGUCAGCAGGCGAGAGGCGAGCCCUUCUCCGAGUUUCUCGUCCGACUGAAGAGCCUGGCGGAGGAAUUCGACAUCUGUAAGGCUCACAACCUGGACAGUGAAGAGGCCUGGAUGAAGCACGGUAUCCUGACAGGUGUCCACGACGAGGAAUUGGUGACCAAGAUUGUGUCCCUCGACGCCGCCUCUACUCUUGCUGACGUCAUCAACGUAUGCAGGGCCCACGAGGCGACGCGCAGCUGCGGCAGGCGAGACCACGGCCCGAAGGGCUGCCCAGCAACAGGUGUUAUGUGCAGAGGUUGUGGGAAGACUGGCCACUACGCUUUGAUGCCCAAGUGCCCAGCCAGGCAGUCUACGUGCACUGUUUGUAACUGUCUGGGGCAUCUGGAGAAAGCCUGCAAGCAAACCAAGGCAAGGAGUAAGUCGCAGCGACCUGAGAAGCCGAAAGGGAAAAAGGGAAGACACCCCACCUUCCACGUGGUGCGGUUACAGUCUCUCACAACGGACCCAGGGUCUCAUGAGGGCCCACCUGAGGCCUCAUGUCAGUCUCCUACCAGUACUCGUGACGACCCGACACCUCCUCCUACCGUACGAGUGGAAGUGUUGCAUGACGGUCACUCUGGUGGUCUGGACUUCAUUCCCAACACUGGUGCCGACAUGACGGUCAUCGGCCCACAGCACUUGAGAAUGUUGGGCAUCGACAGACAGGCUCUUGGUGUAUCCCUUGCCUACUACAACGCUGAUGAGACGAAGAUGUCUGCUGCCCUCGGUUCGCUCCAGACCACACUAGUCUACGGCGAGCUGUCUUGCACGGGCUGGAUAGAUGUGCAGGGUUCGUGGAACACCCCACUUCUGUCCCAUGAACACUGUCAUGCUUUGGGGAUCGUGCCUCACGACUUCCCUGCUCAGAUUUUCUCAGCACGAGGCAGUGUCACCAGUGUAUGGGAGGCGACAAACGCUCCAGCUCCACGUUCCAGCGUGCCUGCGUUACCUCUUCUCAGCACCAUUUCCCCAGACGCAGCGAAGGAGUACUUCUUGAGGGAGUACCAGGAUGUCCUCUUGACAAAGGAUUCCACACAGGAUGCUCCACUCAAGCCGAUGUCUGGACCACCGAUGAGGAUCCACUUACAAGAUGACGCCCAGCCGUUUGCUGUCCACACGCCGAGGCUUAUUCCUUUGGCCUACAGGGAGAGACAUCGCGCUACAGGGAGUGCCACAGUAUGCCGAGCCCAUGGCAUCACUUUAAAUGCCAAGAAGUUUGUGCUGGCGGCUCCAUCAGUGUCCUUCUGCGGCUACAGGCUCUCCCAUGACGGCAUCGCAACAGACCCUGACAAGCUCGCCAGCUUCUCGCCCGACCUCGCUGCCACUGCUGCGCCUCUACGCCCACUUUUGAGCCCCAAGAAGUCGUUUGUGUGGACGCCCGACCAUGAGCAAGCCUUCCAACGUGUGAAGACGGCCUUGGCCAGCCCACCAGUCCUUGCUGCUUUUGACCCUGCUCUCCCUACGACUCUGCAGACUGAUGCUUCCCGCCUGUAUGGGCUGGGUUAUGCCCUACUGCAGGACCACGUAUUCCACCGGGCGGUGGAGAUGUUAGCUGUUGUAUGGGCCAUGGGGAAGACCAAGUUCUACCUCACAGGAUUGCAACACUUUAACCUCGUCACCGAUCAUUGCCCUCUAGUUCCCAUCCUAAACAGCUACUCCCUUGACGCUAUAGAGAAUCCACGUCUACAACGCCUCAAGGAGAAGAUCGCCCCGUACAUCUUCACAGCUGUAUGGCGCCCGGGCAAGGAGUUGUGUAUCCCGGACGCUCUAUCUUGCUCUCCUGUUGGCUACCCAACGCAUGCUGACGAAGUCCUUGGCACUGAUACCGGCUUCCAAGUUAGGAGUAUAGCUACACUACGUGCGAUGGGGUCUCUUGCUCCGUUGGCGCCUCCUGAUGUUGCAGAAGCACCUCCUGGCAGUGACCUUGCCCUUGAGGAGCUUUGUAAGGUGGCAACUGAGGACCCCGAGUAA